CAUUCAGACCAGACACUGAGAGAUCAGAGACGGGUGAACUGCUAAAUUCAGCAAAAUCCUAUUUCAUCGCAGUUUUCAACCAAAACAGAGUAAACCAAAGAGCCACAAGGAGGAUCCAAAGGACAAAUCUGAAUAAUAUUCAAGAAAUAUCAAAACAGGACUUCCUGCUUUUGAAAAGAUGUCUGAGAAUCUACAAAAGGAUCUACAAUUUAUCCUGUGUGACAUGUGCACAGAGGAGGACAGGAAACCGGCAAGGAAGACCUGCAUGAAGUGUGAGAUCUCCAUGUGCGUCCAGCAUCUCCAGGCCCACCUGACCACUCCUGUGUUACUGCAAACUCAUCCUCUGACUGAGCCUAUGGCUUUAUGUGGGACCACUAAAUGCCCCCAGCACGGCAAACUCCUGGAGUACUACUGCCUGGACGACAUGACCUGUGUGUGCGUCUCCUGCGCCAUUGAAGACCAGCACCGCCUACACAAUAUGAAGACCUUCUCCACAGCCCACAAAGAGCUGACGGAGGAGCUCAACGCUGAGCAGCAGGCCUUACUGGGGAAAACUGAGGACGUCGGUCUGGAAAAGUGGGAGAAGAGCGAGCGAGAGAAGCUGGGUCGCUCCAGCGUGUUCCUCAUCGAGGCUGUGACGAGCCUGCGUGACAUCGCCCUGAACAGCGUCCAGAGCUCAGUGUCUGCCCGUAUGGCGUCGAUCAAAACCAGCAGGAGCCGCAUGCAGGCAGCGCAGCAGGAGAAGGACACCUUCAGAUUCCUGCAGAUGUAUUCCCAGGUGCAUCAGGAUGUGGAGAAGGCCAAGGCUGUGGAUCUGAGGAAAGGGUUGGAGCCUGGCAGUGACCAGGACAAACUGCUUCAGGAGAUAAGACAGAAUGGUGAAAAAAUGGUGAAGCAAGCGGGCCACUUCUGGGAAUCGCUGUUGUCUCUGGUUGACCCAGAGAACCACCAGGAGCUCAUUGCUACUAGUUCAGACCUGGUCUUUAACCCACAGAUUUUCGGCCUUGGCAUGUCACUGUCCAAAGACAGAAAGAAGGUCUUCCACAGCAGUGGGCUGGAGCAAUGUUCUGCCGUUCUUCUAAUCCGUAAUAUCCAGAAAGUUCCUAACUUUCAGAGGUGGAUGGUCAGGUUUUCCAAAGACUUUGACUGGACCGUCGGUUUAUGUGACAAACAUUCUACAAAUAACUUGAUGGAUGGAUAUGUAUAUGGUCUGUGCUGCACAGAUAACCAGCUCCGCUCUCUCACAAAAGAGUAUAAGCGUCCUGUUGCACCAGGUAGAUUGGGUUUUCCGACGCCCAGACAUGUCAUGACCGGACCAGAGAAACAGAGUUACACUGUGUUGAUCACACGUCAGGGAAAAAAUGGAGAUGAGGCCGUACCACGACCUGAAGUGGUGGAGGUGUUUUGGAACUUUGAGUCUUCCUCGCUGUCCUUCCUCAGCAGAAUCGGAAAGCACCAGAAGGAAGAAAUACUCACAAUUAAGAUGAGCCUCAACAACUUGGACCUGGUCCCCUUUGUUCAAGUGGCAACGAAAACUGUCUCAUUUUCCCACCAGCAGACAUUAAAGUGCACCUGUGGGAAGCCUCGCAGCAGACCAGGGGCCAGGGGCACAUUGUUUGGUGCUGGGCUUCACCACGACUCUCAAUGUUCCUGUGGAGCAACAGACAUAUGCACCACAGAGGAAGUUUGUGAACUUCUGUAAUGGGUGGGACACUGAUGAUCAUUAUACAAAUCUAAGAAGUGCAUGGCUACAAAUAUAUACAAUGAUAAAGUCUCUUUGGUCGAGUAUAAAUCUCGUUGAUUAUUAAGUUGCUGUCAAAUCAAUAUGUAGUGCUUCUAGUGCAGAUAUCAGUAAUCAACCAGUGCUGUGAUUUUUAUUGUACAAAAUACACAUCAUACACUUAAAGCACAUGUAAUCAUGUUCUAUUUAACCUCAUUUUCUCCUCAUUUAUUUGCUCCGUAUGUGUUGUUUAACGAGCCUCUGUGUGGCAUGUCUUAAUAGUACCUGAUUAUGUACAAGGAUGUCCUGAAUUAUGUUACUACUUAUAUUAAUAUUCUCUCUUCUUUUAUUGUUUCUGUAACCUUUGUAAAGGGUAAAUAAUGCAUAAACUUAUAUUCUGUCUUUAGGGUGACUUUGAAACAUCUGUCUAGGGACUACAGAUGUAAAAUAGCCUCUUGGCUAACUCUGGCGCAUUUACAGAAAUGUUUUAUUAAUGUGCACUGUCCCUACCAAAUAAACCAAUAAAAAGAU